AUGAAGCUAAUUGCUCAGUUUGAUCCAUUAUUAUCAAGUCAUCUACAGCAUUCUAAAAAUGUUCCGGGUUCAGUUUCAUAUCUGUCACCAAGAAUUCAAAAUGAAUUUAUCAGUCUUCUUGCAUCUACUUUCAGAAAGCAGAUACUCUGUGAUAUUCGACGAAACAAAUAUUAUGGACUAAUGCUAGAUUCAACACCUGAUCUAGCACACCGGGAACAGUUAUCAGAAGUUAUUAGGUUUGUUGAUGUUAAUUUCAAAACCAAAAAAGUGACCAUCAAAGAAUCUUUUCUUGGUUUUAUUCAGCUUCAUGCAAAAGAUGCAACAACACUAGAAAAUGUUAUUGUUGAACAGUUGCAAGCAGACAACCUUCCUAUAGCUGACUGUCGAUCUCAGUGUUAUGAUAACGCAGCUGUAAUGGCAGGAGAACUGUCCGGACUCCAACAAAGAAUUGCCAUUCGAAAUCCUCAAGCAUCGUUUGUUAAUUGUAACAACCAUAGCUUGAAUUUAGCUGGAUUACAUGCUGCAAAACAGGAUCCAGUUGUUGUUACAUUUUUUGGAACAGUUGAGAAAAUUUACGUUUUUUUCAGUGCUUCAACUGUUCGAUUGGAGAAAAUGAAAGAAUUGCUUGGAAUUAAAUUGAAGAGAGAAUGUCCAACACGCUGGAGUGCAAGACAAGAUGCGGUGAAUGCAAUCCACGAACAGUUUGAUGGAUUUUUACAGCUGUUAGAUAACCUGUAUGAAGAUGGUACUCAAACUAUUUUGUCAAAAAUUGACCGGAUUCAAAAACGACUGCAAGAUCCAGCAAUGAAUUUCCAUGACGCAUCACUGGAUUUAGAAGGACUGCAGCAACGGCUAAGUAGCAUUCGAGAAGAUGUUUGCAUCACUGCAGUCAAUGCAGCUAAAGUUCUGUGUGAAAAAUUGGGAAUUAGGAUAGAAGGAAGAAUUAAACGUCGAAAACAGAUGCCUGGUGAAAAUGCUGGUGAUGCAGGACUCGCUGCGGUUGAAGAAAUAACUCGCAUUAUGAAAUCAGUUAUUGAUAGACUAAUCCAGUUGAUGACAACACGAUUUGGUCGUCUGAAGACGUUAGAUGAAAAGUUUGGAUUUCUAUUCAACAUCAGCAAAUUGUUUGCUAAUGAUACCUCUAAUGAUAUUCAACAGCACUGUGCUACGCUGGCUGACUGUUAUAAAACUGAUAUUGAUGGAACUGAACUGUUCGUAGAAAUCAGUGACUGCACUUCAAUGGGUCAGGAGCGUCUGUCAGACUUGGCAUUGCUAAGCAUAGAAAAGGAGCUGGUCGAAACAAUUAAUUUUGAUGAUGUCAUUGACAACCUUGCUAGUGCAAGAUCACGAAAAGUAGUUCUAUAA